UAUAUUCGGUGACUCCUGUAUAUCCCUUCCUCUCUCCAGUUGCUUUCCCGCCGAUUCACUCACUCACUCACUCACUCUCAUAAAUUGCACCGAUGUUUUAGCAAAAGAAGAGUUAGGGUAAAAUACUUUUUUCCUGUUUGUUUCCAAAGAAAGCUUUCAAGAACCAUGACCAUACUCAAAGUAUAUUGAUUUCCUGAGCUUCUGAAUUUGACUCUAUCCAAGAAAAUGUUCUUGGACGGCAUAAUCCGACGGAGACUAGCGGUUCUGUUGCUGCCAUGGCUGCGAGACGAGCCGGAACUGGAAGUCAAAUUAGGGUUCAUAAAUUCUCAGGCGGUCGCCAGGAACCUGCGGCUCAACACUUCGGUUCUCAACGAGCUCAUCGUCGACGAUCCCUCUCGCUUUUGUUUCAAAGAAUUCACUGUCGAAUCGCUGAGCAUACGGUUCUCGAACUGGUCUGAAACCGCCUUCGCAAUCGAAGUUCGCGGCGUCCAUGUCACACUAUCAGCCGGGGAUUUGAAUGAAGAGGGGUAUUCGAUAAAGGUUGGGAAACCAAAGGAUACGUUUUUAGAGGAUAUGAAAAAGAGGCUUUCUAUGCUUGAUCCUGAGGGUAGUGCUUUGCAUGGUGCCCUUGAAAGGAUCUUACCCACCAGUUUUUCAAGAAGUCAGUUUAGAACAUCUUUUUGGAAUCUUAUACUCAAACAUUGUCGGCUUCAGAUGUGUGAUAUUAGACUGCAAGUGCAGUUCCCCGUUUUAAAUGAUUUGUUUACAUGUGCAUCGGAAAUGAAGGAGCUUAAUGCAGAAUCUCAGUAUCGUACACAUGGCUGUCUUUUUAGAGGGCUUUGUGGUGCAAUUUUUUUACCUUUGAAAAAGAUUUCUUGUACUGUCAGUGGCAAUGGUUUUGAGAUUAGCUUCAAGAGAGGAGAUCGGAUAAACUGCGUUUUGCUUUCAACGGAUAUGUUCACUUACAUUAAAUUGGAUGCUCUUCAGCUUGUGGACUUCAAACUUUGGGUUCCAAAAUUAAGCUUGUUUUUUUCGCCAGCUGAUCUUUCUAUGUAUUCAGCAAUUGGUAAAAUAUCAUCUAUUGAAUCCAAGCCUGCUAGAGAUGGUAGACAACUAUGGCAAUUAGCUGCAAGAAAAUUUGGCCAUGUGACUUCUGCUCCUAGAAUAUCAUUCCAUAAACUAGUUGUUGUUGUCUGUCUUUGGCUACGUUAUGUUAGUGCUUAUGAGCAUUUCUUGUCAUUGGUUGGAUAUCCUUCUGAUCACUUUUUAGAAAGAUCCUGUACUGAGAUGUCCAAUGGAAAAUGGUUUUUGAGUUCUAUCAAAUACCAUUGGAAGGUGAUCUGUGAUACUGAGAAAGAGCUGCCUGCUGAAGCUAUUGCACGGGCGCGGCGAAUUGCCCGAUACAGAGCAGCUUUGAAUGUUCAUAGUGUCAAAGAUACUAGCAUGGAAUCUGUUGUCACUAGUCACUUCAGGUUUCUUUGCAAGAUUGUUGAACUACUAGCAUGUAUUUUGAAACUCAUAUGCAAUUUAUUCCAUGCCAUUGUAAAAUUUUUACAUUUGAGGAAAGUUUUGGUGCAAGAUCAAAGAAAUGAUGGAGAUUGUGGAACUGUCUUUGAAGAUCCCUAUGCGCGCAGUUGCUUCGUUUUGAACCUUGGGAGACUUGUAAUUACUAUUUGUCAAAUGAAUGAAUGUCAACCUUCUGUAAAUGAGAAGUUAGAAUCACAUAUUGGGAUCUCAUAUUCCAAUUUCCUCUCAUUUUGUCUUUCAAUUGAAAAAUUGUUAUUAGUAUAUGUACAAAACACUUGUGAACAUUCUGUCCUUCUAUCCUUUGGGCAAUUGAAGGUUAACUCAUCAUCAUCUUUUAUGGAAGCCUCUGUCGGGGAAAGCAGUUCAAAAAUUUAUCCUAAUUCUGUGGAAGGGCAUAGGAUGGAGAGAGUUGAUGAUCUUAAAUCUAUUUUGUGGGGCGAGCCAGCACAAUCAUUUGUCUUUUCAGAAACUAGUAAUACCGUUGCUGCCGAUGAUGUUGAAGGUGCUUGCAUACUGAUCCUGAACAAUAUUCUGAGGGAAAUGUGGUUGAGAUGGAGAAGAGCUUGCUUAGAAUUUGAAGAACGUGAUAUUCAGUAUUCAGAGAAUCCAUGCCUUCUCUGUGAGAUCAAAAGCUCUUUGGUGUAUCCAGGCCUCAAGAAUCAAGAUUCUGGAUUUUGGAAAUGCAGUUUGAUACUAGGAAAGUUGAAUUUGGCUUUGGGAUUUUCAUCAUUACUAUCAUUAUCUCUGCUUCUUAGGCAGGUACAAGACGCUCUUAGUAGGACUGAGGACAAUGUGAGAGCAAUGGUUCUUCCACGUUCACCAAGAGGAGUUAAUGUUCAACCAGAAAUCAGUGAGGCUAGUAAAUACAAGUUCAAUGGUAGGGGAAUGAAGACAGCCUUCCUUCGAAUUCCUGAAAAACACGUUGAACUUGGAAUAUUUAUAGCUGGUCCUCAUAUCCAUAUAUCAUUGGGAAAAGAGUUUGAUGGUUUGAAUAAAGACAUAAAUCAUGUAGUUAAUCAGGAUGAUUUUCACCUUGUGUUUGAACUUCAUAACAUUGAAGUUGCUGUUUGGCCAACGUCCAGAUCUGAUCUGGUAUCAUUGACUGGGCCCCUGGGUUCUGAUGAUGCAGAAAAGAAACAUCUCUUGUUGAAAGAGCCUCAGAUGAUUGAUCUUCCCAAAUUAGAUAGUGAAAAGUAUGUAUCUGAAGGGCGUGUUUCACUUGACUUAUAUCUGCGGGUUAGUGGUUUAGAUGCUUAUGUGGAGGACUUAGCAGAGAAGCAACAAAGUGAUGUUUUGGCAUUAAAACCCAUGACAGUCCACUUAUCAUCCAUCAGGAGUUAUCUUCAUUCAUUUAGCACAGCUGUUGUUGCUUUCUCAGCAGCUUUUUGUGGGAAGGCUAUGGGAAUCACCAUUUUAUCAUAUAUGGAUGAGUUGUAUGCUCUCUUUCAGGUGGUUGGAGGUUUACAUUCUGCAGUAUCACAUGUUUAUCAUAGCUUUGAUCCUAGUGGUCCUGUACCUGAAGAAUAUACCACACAAGAGACUGUGCUUGCUAAACCUGAAAAAGAGGAGAUAAUAGUAGAAGGAGAUCCCUUGAUUUAUGUUAGUGUGCUAUUUAAAAUCUACGGAACCUUCAAACUCAAGUCAGUGGAUAUGGUUCUUCAUGUUUCUAGGAGGAGCGAACAUGUGGAGAGCUCCAUGAUAAUCUUUGAUGCUUUAACUAGUGGAAAGUUUGCUGAAGGUGGUUUGUCUGAUUGUGGAAUACGGGCGUCUGUUCAGCAAACAAGCUUUGAGAUACCUUGCAAAGAACAAAUGGAAGUUCUCAUAGAUUUUUCAGGGAUCCAGUCUGUUAUUUUUAGAUAUCAGAAUCAAAUAGGAGAAAAUACUGAUCAGUCUGUACUGAAGGAUCUAUCUCUGCAAUCUCUUGACAGCUUGUAUGAAAUGUCACUUUCUACUUGCAUGAUUACUUUAUCGUUGGCUCCCCCUGAAUAUGCAUCAUCUUCUGAUAGUCUGAGCAACAUGGUUGAAAAUUCCACUUUGAUGACUGAUUCUGAAAAGCCAACUCAUUGGUUAUUCACAAAUAUUGAACUGAGUGAGAUUGUUAUUGCAAGAUGCUCUCUAAAGAAUGUUCUGGUUGGAGCACAUCAGUUGAAUAAGCUUCAAUCAUCCCUUUCUGUUGGCAGUGAAUUUCGAACAAUCUCUUGGAGAAUAAAGGGUGGUUUUGUUUUACUUGAAACAACAGCUUUGGCAAUGUUUGUUCGAUGGCUUGUUUUUUAUCUUUAUUGUGUCAGAAAUCUUAUAUCUGUCAUUCAAUCAUCUGAUCAAAACAUAAAAAAAGCGGAGCAUGAGGAGGAUGUGACUAGACUGGAUGAUCAUUUUGUCAAGGACAAUGCCCAAGAAAUGCCCCGUGCAUCUCGACAUGGAAAAAAGGAACUGCUGGAAGCUUUUAUAAUUGAUGUGUCCCAAUUUUCUCUUGUUCUUGUAAUUGAAGAUGGAUCUGGUGGUUUUCGGGAAUUUGUGCUUGAGGUUGAUGUCCAGUUGGAAUUUGAGUUGGCAAAUAUGAGAAGAAAGCUUAUAUUUGACCUAUCUCGGUUUUCAAUCAUUUCUCGAGUCUUUCAAGAAAGUGUGGAAAAUAAAAUCCAAAUUCCUCGUUUUUCUUCUGUCACAUCAAUUAAUAUGUCUUGCUCUGCGUCUGGGGCUCCUGCUAAAGGACUUCAGCACAGAAAUGUGAUCCAUCUUGAUAAUGAAGCAAGUUGCUCGAGGGAUACUACAGAAAAUUGUGCAUCUGAGGAAUUCUGUUUAAGUCAUCAGAACUGUAUCUUGAAGCAGUUAGGGGCUUCUGUGGCAGUUGAGAAGCCAGAGAAUGGUCCUUUGCACCAAAAUCAGGCCUGGUUAGGUCGUGGUUCGGUUUCUGGGUUUGAUGUGACAAUUUCUCUUUCCGAAAUACAGAUGAUUUUGUCUACAAUCUCAACCUUCUCUGGGUUAUUUAGUAAUGGAGCGACCAGCAAAUCAAAUGAAAGGAUCUGGACCAGUGGUCAGGAAUCAGACAAUAGUAUGGAACCAAUGUUUCCUAAUGGAGCAAUUGUUGCAAUUCAAGAUGUUGACCAACACAUGUACAUUACUGUUGAAGAAGGAGAUAAUAAGUACAAUUUAGUUGGUGCAGUUCAUUAUUCUCUUGUUGGAGAAAGGGCCCUUUUCAGGGUCAAGUACCAAAAUCAAAGAUGGAAAUCACGAGUUCCGUGGUUCUCCUUGAUAUCAUUGCAUGCCAAGAAUGACUCAGGGGAGCCAUUGCGGUUGAACUAUAGGCCAGGAUCAGGUUUCGUUGACAUCUCCAGCACUAAUGACAGUGGGUGGGUGCUUUGGAGAGCACUUUCUUGUAAGCCUGAAAGUUAUGAUGGAGAUAUCGAGUGGGAGCAUUACAAUCAGUUGGUCAGAGGGACCUUUUACCUUGUGAAUAAGAAGAAUGAUUGUGCUGUUGCUUUUGUUAAUGGAGUUCUAGAGUUUGUUAGGAAGCCUGGAAAUCCAUUCAAGUUGAAAGUAUUCACUGAUCCUUCCAUAGCUCGUGAUGUUGUAAAGCUAGAUACCCACCCCAUGGAAGCUUCUGAAACAAGUCUGCAACAUAAUGCACACAUGGGUGAAGAUAGCACUUCUUUACUGGGUAAAAUUCUCCCUUGCAUUGAUAUCACUAUUAACCAAAUUUCUCUAAACAUUGUUCAACUCUUGGAUACAAAGGACAUCUUUCCUCUCCUUCGUGGUUGCAUCAGUAAUGUUAAAAUUAUUCUACAUGUUCUAUCAACCAAAACCCGGGUUAUAAGCACAUCCAGUACUGCAAUAUAUUACUUUGAUGCCCAAAGAAACUCAUGGAGAGAAUUUCUUUCCCCAGUUGAAAUAUGCAUAUUCUACCGUUCCAGUUUCCAGAUUCAGGAUCCAAAAACUUCACAUGGAGUUCCUGUUCAUAUCUAUUGCAGAGUUGGAGAGUUAAACAUAUCCCUGACUGAGCUUUCACUGGACAAGCUUCUCUUUGUACUUGGGAAACUAGAUUUGGCUGGUCCUUUUUCAUUGAGAAGCUCCAUGAUUCUGGACAAUUGCUGCAAGGUGGAGAACCAUAUAGGCUUAAGCCUUCUUUGUCACUUCUCCAAUAAUCAAAGUUUAACUAUAGCCAGAAAUCAGUCUGCUUCUGUAUUUUUAAGGAACUCAGAUAUAACAAACCAAUCUCCAGAAAUAUCACCAGUUGUUUCAGUCCAAGUUGCCAUUCCUGGAUCCCUAACAACUUCUCCCCUACAUCUUUCUCUUUUAGAAGCUCAAGCACUUGCCUGGAGAACGCGAAUAAUGUCAGUCCAAGAUUCAAAAGUUUACCCUGGGCCUUUUGUUGUAGUUGACAUUUCAAGAAAAUCUGAGGAUGGUUUAUCAGUUGUAGUUUCUCCUUUAAUAAGAAUACACAAUGAAACUAGAUUCUCUAUGGAGCUACGGUUUCGACGACCGCAACAAAAUGAAGAUGAGUUUGCUUCUGUGAUGCUAAAAACAGGAGAAACAAUUGAUGAUUCCAUCGCCAUGUUUGAUGCUGUCAAUUUGUCUGGUGAAUUAAAGAAGGCAUUGACGUCUUUAAGUGUUGGUAACUUCUUAUUUUCAUUAAGACCUGAAUUUUCAGAUGGCUCAAUAAAUUCUAAGAAUUCACUUUCAGUGGAGUGGUCAGAUGAUUUUGAAGGUGGAAAGGCAGUUUGUCUCUCUGGAUUUUUCGAUCAAUUAAGCUAUAGAGUCCGAAAGGCUUUAUUUGUUGGAUCCAUGAAAUGUUCCUUCAGUACAGCAUGUUGUAUUCUCAAAUCUAAUGGUGCACAUGUUUCAAGCAUGCAUUUUCUGAUUCAGAGAAUUGGAAGAGAUGUGCCUGUUAUACAACCUGAUAAAUCAAGGGGUCAUCUUAAAAAUAGUGAUUCACCAGUUGCAUUACAAGAGCAAAAGGAAAUUUUUCUUCUUCCUACCCUAAAGGUGUCCAAUUUAUUGUACUCAAAGAUACAUGUACUUUUGAGUGAAAGGGAUGUAUGUACAACUAAUGGCUAUAACCUUGGGAGCCAAGAAACCAUAUCAAGCCAUUCAACAGUUGAUUUUUAUGUUAAUCCUGCCAUUAUAUUCUUUACUAUUACUUUAACUGAUUUUAAUACAAGCUGCAAACCAGUGAAUAGUGGUGAUUGGAUCAAGAAGUUAUUAAAGAAGAAAAGUGCUGUCCAUUAUCUGGAUAUUGAUCUGGAUUUUGGUGGUGGAAAGUAUUUUGCUUCCUUAAGAUUGUCUCGUGGGGACAGAGGCAUAUUAGAGGCUACUAUUUUUACAUCAUAUUCCCUGAAGAAUGAUACUGAUUUUUCCCUUUAUUUAUUUCCACCUAAUAAGAAGCCUCUGUCAAGGGAUGAAGCAGAGAAUUUUGGUUCCAGCAUCUCUCCAGAAUUAGGAUUACUUUUGCGUCCAAAUUCAUUCGGAUCAUGGUUCUUGAAAUCUAACAAGGUGCAGCUCAAAUUGUUAAAAGAUUCUGCAUCAGAGCUAUUGCUAGACUUGGAUGCAUUAUCAGGCCUUACAGAGAUAAGCUUGGAAGUAAAUGAAGGAUCUGGAGUCAAAUCUAUUACAAAGCUCGGGGUGUCCAUGGGGCCACUUUUACGUGAAGUAGAUUUGCCAUCUCAGAUAGUGACUAUGGUCCCACGUUAUGUUGUGCUAAAUGAAUCAGAGGAGAGUAUCAUUGUCCGUCAAUGUUAUUUACAGGAUGACAUGGAAGGCAUCCGCAUUAACAGUAAGCAGAAAAUAACACUAAUGCUGCAGAAUGGAAUUAGCAAGGGGAGAGAGUUCAAUAUAUUUGAGAAUUUUAUUAGAAAACACAGAAAUGCUAAUCAUGACUCAUUAAAAUACAUCCGGUUUCAACUGGAUGAGCCUGAACUCAGUUGGUCAGGACCAGUAUGUAUUGCUUCCUUGGGGUGCUUUUUCGUGAAGUUCAGGAAACAAAAAUCAAAUCAAACAACAGCUGCAGACACACAUAUCACAGAAUUUGCAGCUGUUUGUGUAGUAGAAAAAGGGUCUUCUCUUGUUCUGCACUUCCAAAAACCGCCAGACAGCAGUCUACCAUAUCGGAUUGAAAAUGGCUUGCGGGAUGUAGCUAUAACUUUCUACCAACAGGGGUCAUCACAGCAAGAGGUUCUAAAAUCUGGGUGUAGUGUGGAUUAUGUUUGGGAUGAUUUGACUCUACCACAUAAACUGGUUGUCCUAAUCGAUGGUCGUCUUCCAUUACGUGAGAUUAACUUGGAUAAGGUGCGUGCGUGGAAGUCUUUUUACAAACCGUGGCAACAUAGAGGAUUGGCAUCUAAUUCUGGAGAUCAGAGAAUUAAUAUUGGUGAAGUUACUGGCAUGGAGAUGGUAAAGGUGGGGUUUGAAGUAUAUGCAGAUGGUCUCACACGGGUUUUACGAAUUUGUGAGAUAUCCAGUAGUAACAAGGGAGAUUCAAUGCUUAAAUCACGUGCAAAGAUUCAACUAAAAGUUUCCCAUUUGGCAAUCCACCUACUAGAAUGUAGAAAACAGGAUGGAGAUGAGAGUGAGACGUCAGUUAAUUCACCAAUCUUAAUUAUGAGGCUUGGGAAAAUCAAUAUGGAUUCUGUAUUUACUGAUCAGCACAAAUAUAACCAGAUCAGUUUACAGUCCUUGAAUUUGGAGGAGAAGUGGGUAGGAGCUCCUUUUGCAGCAAUGCUUCGUAGACAUAUGGUGGACUAUAGUGAGCCAAAUGACUGUGUACUCAAAAUUGUCUUCGUCCUGCUUCCUGCCAGUUCCAAUGUUACACAAGUUAAAUACUCAUCUAUAGCUUUGCAGCCAGUUGAUUUGAACCUUGAUGAGGAGACAUUAAUGAGAAUUGCGCCAUUUUGGAGAACAUCUCUCAGUGAAUCUAAAUCUCAGAGUCGGCAGUUUUACUUUGAUCAUUUUGAGAUCCACCCAAUAAAGAUUUUUGCAAAUUUUCUUCCUGGGGAAUCAUACUCAAGUUAUAGCUCAGCUCAGGAGACUCUAAGGUCUUUACUGCAUAGCGUGGUAAAGGUCCCUUUCAUAAAGAAUAAGGUUGUAGAGCUCAAUGGGGUCCUGGUUACGCAUGCUCUGAUAACAAUGCGUGAAUUAUGUAUUAGAUGUGCGCGACAUUAUUCAUGGUAUGGCAUGAGAGCCAUCUAUAUUGCAAAAGGAAGCCAAUUGCUACCACCAGAUUUUGUGUCUAUGUUUGAUGACUUGGCUUCAUCCUCUCUUGAUAUUUUUUUUGAUCCUUCCCAUGGGUUGAGGAAUCUUCCAGGUUUGACUUUAGGUACGUUUAAAUUCAUAAGUAAAUGUAUAGAUGGGAAAGGAUUCUCUGGGACAAAACGAUACUUUGGUGAUCUUGAAAAAACUUUGAGAAAAGCAGGAUCUAAUGUACUCUUUGCUGCUGUCACUGAAAUAUCAGACUCUGUUCUGAAGGGAGCAGAAGCAAGCGGUUUUAAUGGAAUGGUAAGUGGCUUUCACCAGGGAAUUUUGAAACUGGCUAUGGAGCCAUCCUUGUUGGGAACUGCCUUGAUGGAAGGUGGUCCAGAUCGAAAGAUCAAACUUGAUCACAGCCCUGGGGUGGAUGAGUUAUACAUAGAAGGAUACCUGCAAGCUAUGCUGGAUACCUUGUAUAGGCAAGAAUAUCUUAGAGUCAAAGUCAUUGAGAAUCAGGUUUUCCUGAAAAACCUACCCCCAAAUAGUUCUCUCAUUGAGGAGAUCAUGGAUCAUGUGAAGGCAUUCCUUAUUAGCAAGGCAUUGUUGAAGGGAGAUUCUUCAACAACUUCUCGACCCUUGCAUCAUCUUCAAGGAGAAAGAGGAUGGAAAAUUGGACCAACGGUGUUGACAUUGUGUGAACACCUAUUUGUGAGUUUUGCAAUCCGUGCACUGAGAAAGCAAGCUAAUAAGUAUAUAGCCAACGUCAAGUGGAAGAGAGAGUCAGAUGAUGAUAAUCAAAAAGCAGUUGUCCUUGCAAAGCCCAAAGCAGACAAAUACAGGUUAAAAUUUAUCUGGAAAUGGGGGAUUGGCAAGUUUGUAUUGUCAGGCAUUGUGGCAUAUGUUGAUGGAAGGUUAUGUCGUUGCAUACCUAAUCCAGUAGCACGACGGAUUGUGAGUGGAUUUUUGUUGAGUUUUCUUGACAACAAUAGCAAAGAAUGAUCUAUUUGUGUAUAUCUUUGUACCCUGAAUGUAUAUAUUGAAGCUUUUAUAUGGCUGACACACAAAAGCUGGCUGCACAUACUCUUCCUUUUGCCCAAUAUUAUGUUUUCCCUGGUCUUAUUUUCGUA